AGCUUUUACAGGAGCCAGCUUACGUGCACCAUAUCGGUAGGAAGCAAGAAUCGGAAAUCAAUCGAUUGCAUGGGAGUCGCAGCUAAAGGAAUGUACCGCGCUCUGUCACCUGGAUGGUGAUUGUCCUGAAACCGAAAAGUGCUGUACUUAUGGCUGCACAGCAGGCAGUGUGUCUUGCCAAAAGGAAGAGAUCCGCGAUUGUUGCCAAUACCGGGCUCCAUCUCUGUCCAAGAACGGAAGAGGAAACGCUCAAUUAUCAUACGCUGGGUGAUGCAAAAGCUCACUCGGGAGCAAAAUGCUGCCAAUUCAAACCUUUAUGUGGUGCAAUGGCGAGAAACAAGCCAUACGCAAUAUUGAAACAUCUGCUCUCACCUGGACGGUACUAUGAGUUCCGCGUAGGAGCUGUGAGCAUCCAUGGCAGCCUUGGAUUCAGCCAACCGUCACAGCCUUUCAAGCUCUCCAAAGAAGCCCGCGCACCUUCACCACCUCGUGACAUCUCUCUGGGGGCUUCCCGUCUCACUCCUAUAGGUUUAUGGAAUCAAAUAUUGCAGUGGACUCCAACCACAAGCGAUUUACCCAUCAAGAGUUAUCAGCUAUCCUGGGCUGUGUCCUCACCUUCUGAAGCAAAUGCGUUCGAGGAGAUGAUGCGACGUCGCGCCACACUUACGACACAUGAAAAGCGAAGUCUUGACGAGGAAGAAGAGGCGUGGGGCAUCGACGGACGGGAUAGGCAUUCUGUAAUUGUGCCAAGCCACACCACUCAGUCGGAAUUGUCAGGACUGUUUCCAAACUCCGUCUAUAUCGUUGAGUAUCUACAGCAACAGUUACGAUACGAGAAAGCGCGUGAACGUGAACAAAUCGAACGUCGAGCUCGAGAAGAAGAGAAUCUUCUAAUUCGAGAAGAGCAGGAACGACUUCGACGUCUGUUCGAGCGUGAACGAGCCGAGCGAGAACGCCUCGAGCAGAUCCGACGACGAGAGGCCGAGGAACGUGAACGACUUCUACGACAACAUCGUCAAGAGGAACAAGAACGGGCCAGAAGGGCUGAGGAAGAAAAGCGAUUGCGUCAGUUGCAGCGUACACCUGCUAAAAUGGAUGCAGCUAGGACCUACGAUGAGGUAAUAGUGUUUGAGACACUGCGCAGAAAGGACGUCAUUCUGGACUUGUCCGGAUCCCGAAAUCCGGACGCGAAUGCCCGAAAACAACGGGCAUGGAAGGAAGUGGCUGAUGCAGUACUAUUAAAGUGUAAAAAAUUAAUGACGAUACCUCAAAUCAAACGAGUAUGGAGAAACAAGAAGACACACGUUAGAGAAAUGCUGCUCAGAGAAAGGAGGUACCGUGAAGCUACUGGCGGAGGCAUAGACUUGGAUUUGGAAAAAUCGAUUUCGAAAGCUGCAGCUUCGUUCACGGAGGGUGAAGCUGAACUUGCCAGGGCUUUGGGACGCGAAGCUGUAAUGGCGGGUUUGGGAAAAUUUGAGAGUUAUGUCGAUAAGACUAGUAAGGAUGAUAGUGGAUCAUCCCCAGAAAGUAUAGGGAAUAUGGACGGUAGGCGGGUUGGUGGGAGGGCUUCGAGGCAGGAGUGGGUUGGUGGGAGGGAUGGAGGGAAACUACUCACACAGCGCCCUAAGUCUAUCUGCGAUUUGAGCGAUAGCUCUCUUGAAGAGGGCGAAAUAGGGCGGAGCAGGCGGAGAUUCGACUCCGAUUCAAGCAGCCCGCCCGAAAAAAGACGUCGUUCCUCGGAAACAGAAGUGUGUCGGCUACAGAUGGAGCUUUUAAAGGAAGAAAGAGCAAUUUUCACCAAGAUAUCGGUUGCCAUGGACACACUCGUCUCCCUCCUCAAUCACCAACUUGAGCUCACGCGGUGCCUGCUUGAGAAGAUCGACGGAAGGAGGAACGGGAUUGUACCUGGGACAAAGCCAAGUUGGGAUCCCACUGAUGGGGAUCCCAACCUGGCUUUGUCCCACAAAUCUUUAUCAUUUUCAUAG